AUCUACAGAUGAGAAAAAAGAACCGGGCAGGUCCCAAUUAUUGAGCGAGUAAAGCAACGUGUCCUUCUUCUUCUUCCAAGAACCUCAUGUAAUCUACUUAUAUAUACAUACACAUAUACAUACAGUCAACCACAACCAUCAUAUCUCUUUUACCAUUCUCUUUCAACACUUUAAUAAAUCUUGUUUGUAUGAACCAUCUAAGACUACAUAUUUUAUUUCUUUAUCAAUUAGUAUGAGGUUCCUGUUUUUUACAUUAUUUAAUCUGUUGUUUUAGUUGGUUUAUAAAUUGGGUCAGUCAAGAAUAAUAUUAUAUACACUCGUAUAUAAUUAUAAAAACUAGUAUCCAACUCUAAACCCAACUCACUUUACCUUGUCAAUCUGUUCUGUUUGUUGUCAUUUAUUGGUUUAGAGUAAAGUUGGGUCAUCUUUUUCUUGAAUUUCUGAGCUCAAAGAUGAAAUCUUGAUCCUAAAGGUUGAAUCUUUAAUCUGAUAAUGGGGUCUUGUGGAUCCAAACCCACAGGAUGUGGGAUGGGUAUUCGGAGGAAAAAUAAACCGACCCGGAAAAGAUUAGUUGUCAGGAAGACAUCUUCUUUGUCUCAUAAGCUUAAUCAAGUUGAUUCCUCUGUUUCUAUUGAUCGAUCUUAUUGUAAUCCUACUUAUCAAGUAAAUUCAGAUUCAUGGUUUGAUCCUGUGUUGGUGGUUGAGUCAGAUGAAGAUGAUGACUUUUAUAGCAUUCAAGAUGAUAUGUCUUUGAAUGGCUCCGGGUCAACUGUUGUGACUCCAAGAUGUUCAGAUUAUGUUAAUCAUAAUGGCACUGGUCCAACAUUUGUUACCUCAGACCCUUCAGUACAUCCAAGUACUGUACUGGAAGAUAAUUCGGAAGAUAAUCAAAAUGAGGGAAAAGUUAUGGUAGAUAAUAUAGCUACUUACGUUGAUGAAAGUGCUGGUGGGGAAGACAUGGGAAUGCUGCACAACUGUGGACUCCUCCCUAAUAAUUGCUUGCCUUGUCUUGCCGGUACUGCCUCUUCCUCAGACGAAAAGAGAAAAUCGCUAAGCUCAAGCCCAAAGAAAAAAGCAGCGUUAAGACUUUCCUUUAAAUGGAGAGAUGGACCGGCUGCUCCCACAAUAUUGUCACCAAGACCUCCCCUGCACAGACCUAUAGCAGGUUCUCAGGUUCCAUAUUGUCCAAUUGAGAAGAGAUUGUCUGAUAGUUGGUCACCUAUUGAGCCAAGUACUUUCAAAGUCCGGGGGCAGAACUAUCUAAGGGAUAAAAAGAAAGAAGCUGCUCCAAAUCAUGCAGCAUUUUCUCCUUUUGGUGUUGAUGUGUUUGUAUCUCCAAGAAAAAUUGACCACAUCGCACGCUUUGUGGAACUUCCUGUUAUUGAGUCAUCAGGAAAAGUUCCUUCCAUCCUUGUAGUAAACCUUCAGAUACCAUUAUAUCCGGUCACAAUAUUUCAAAAUGAUUAUGAUGGAGAAGGAAUGAGCUAUGUUCUUUACUUUAAGCUAUCAGAAAGUUAUUUAAAGGAAAUGCCACUACAUUUCCAAGAAAGUAUUAGGAGAUUAAUUGACGAUGAAGUGGAGAAAGUCAAGGGUUUUGCUUUGGAUACUGUCGCACCAUAUAGGGAAAGAUUGAAGAUCUUGGGUCGAAUAGCAAAUAUGGAGGACAUUAACUUGAGUGCAGCUGAAAAGAAGCUUAUGAAUGCUUACAAUGAAAAGCCUGUACUUUCGCGUCCUCAACAUAAAUUUUUCUCGGGAGAAAACUACUUUGAGAUUGAUUUAGACAUGCACAGAUUCAGUUACAUUUCAAGAAAAGGUUUUGAAGCGUUCCAAGAAAGAUUAAAGUUCUGUAUUCUGGAUUUCUGUUUGACUAUACAGGGAAACAAACCGGAAGAGUUGCCAGAAUGCAUCUUGUGUUGUGUGCGAUUGAAAGAAAUCGACUACACUAACUUUCAUCAACUAGCAUUGUGACCCGGGUAUUUUUGUACCCGAAUUCGAUUAAAUUCAUUACUUGACUGUGUUGGAGCUUAUGACUUUUCUUUGGGGGCUUCAUCCAUUUUCUUGAGCUCGUACGCAAUCCUGUAUACUAUGAACCUCUUAUUCAAUUGUGUAAAAAUGGCAAUUUGAGUGUACAGUUCUGAAACAAAUGAAAUGUAAUAAAAAAUUAAUAAAAGAGUGUAAUUCUUGA